UCGGUUAUUCUUGGCUGCUUGGUCUCUUGCCUCAUAGACUGGGGCGCUUCUGUUACCAUGCAGCCCGGCUCUCUGGUCGAGGGCAAUUCGCGCCGGUCUCUUUAGGCAGGCCGAUCGCUAUCGAUCAUAUGUCUUUUGAGGAGAUACAGGGGUAUCCUCGAUUGUUUUCAGCCGCCGUUCUCUCUGGCUUGUGUGGCGGCGGCUUCAGCUGUCUGUAUCAGCUGAAAGUCUGUUGGGACACUGAGACAGGCCACCGUGGAGCAAGGACAUAUAUACUGCAAUUUUAGGGUUUGACAAGAUGACCACUCUACGCAGCGAGCCAAUGCUCAGGGGCACCCUUGUUCUGCCCUCCGCACUUCCGCUGGCACAUGGCUGCCUCGAAGCGUUGGGGAGACAAGGCUCUGUCCACUUCCUAGACAUGAACGCUCACUCUCUGACUCGCCAGUUCAACACGUAUAUCCAGCGCAUAGACGAGAUGGAGCGUAUCAUCCGCUUUCUAGAAGAGGAAGUGAAUCGCUUGCAAGACGCAGGCGCAAAGAUUAUCGUUGGCCCGGAAGGCGCGCAGAACUUCCUGGACAACGAUAAGAGCUAUCAGCUGGACAAGGUGGAAGAGGCACUGAACCGCCUACAUGCACAGUUCGUGCGCUUCAAAAGUAACAACGCGGACCUCAUUCAGCAGAAGAACGCGGCUCUCGAGGAGAAAUGCGUGAUGACAACGGCAGUGCAGCAGUUGCAAGGGUCGGCUAUGAAAGACGGCUUUAGCGCAGGCGCGCAGAACAGCCCUGCUGACGGCACAGCAGCGGGCAACUCCGAAGAAGAAGUUGCUAAGGCUUUGUUGAGGCAGGAUGACAAUAAAGACAUGACGCCGAAUGCAGAUGACCCAGAGGCGGGGUUGACCAAGACUGAAGGGGGUAGCUCUGGUUCCAGUGUAUCGACAGUCGCUGGCAUGAUUGCCACAUCCGCCAUCGGCAGAUUCCAGCGCAUGUUGUUUCGGACAACCAGGGGAAAUGCGUUCUGUUUCUUUCAGUCAACCGCCGAGAAGCUUGUAGAUAGUAACACGGGAAACGAGGUUGAAAAGGGUGUUUUCGUUAUCUACUACCAAGGAGCCGCACACUCCCUGCUUCGUGAAAAAAUCGUGAAGGUCUGUGCGGCGUUCGAUGCCAAGCCGUACGAGUGGCCACAUAGCGCUGAGGAGGCCGCCACGCGCCUUGCUGGGUUGCAGAGUUUGCUGGACGACAAGGAGCGCGCCCUCGCUGCCUAUGAGAAAUAUUUUCUCAGUGAAAUCAGUUUGCUUCUAGAAGUCACGAGACCUGGCGGCUCUUCCUUAUUGGAAGAAUGGAAAAUGUUCUGCCAAAAGGAGAAAGCAGUGUACGCCACUCUUAACCAGUUUCAAGGAAAAGACAUGACACUCCGGUGUGACUGCUGGAUCCCUCGGGACAAGGAGGAGGAAAUUCGGUCCAUACUGAAGGACGUCAGCACUGAUCCCAACGGGGAAGAGCAGGCGUCUGCAUUUCUGUUAAUUGAAAAAGGACAGCCCACAGCUAUGCCGCCCACGUACUUCAAAACGACCGAGUUCACGGAGCCGUCGCAGGUCAUGGUUGACACCUAUGGCGUUCCGCGGUAUCAAGAAGCAAAUCCUGCAGUCCUAACCACCAUUACUUUUCCCUUCUUGUUUGGCGUGAUGUACGGAGACAUAGGCCACGGGCUCUGCGUUAUGCUGAUGGGUUUGUGGCUGCUGUUCCGGGCAAAUGCACUGAAGCAAGACCGGACUGCGGCGCUCCAUGGUGCAGUCAAGUACCGGUAUAUGGUGUUUCUUAUGGGUUUUUUCGCCUUCUUCGGCGGCUUUAUGUACAACGACUGGUUUGCGCUGGGUUUAGACAUCUUUGGAUCGCGGUGGACACUCAAAGGCGCUGAAGCCGGAAGUAGCAGCAUCACAAUGCGGAAAAAGGAUGGUGAGUUUCCAUACCCGUUCGGCUUCGACCCCGCAUGGAAAGGAGCGACCAACGAGUUGUUGUUUACAAACUCCUUCAAGAUGAAAUUUUCGGUUAUUGUCGGUUUCGCCCAGAUGUUUGCCGGAGUCUUGCUCAAGGGGUCGAAUGCUAUUUUUUUCCGGGAGCCCCUGGACUUCGUGUUCGAAUUCAUUCCUCAAGUCAUGUUCAUUUGCUCCUUGGUUGGCUACAUGGACUUUCUGAUUCUGUAUAAAUGGGCGACACCAGCGGACCAGAACAAGCCCAAUCUUAUCAACACGAUCAUCAACAUGUGCAUGCUGGCCGAGGUCAAGAGCGAAGACGAGAUGUUCUCGAACCAGCAAACGGUGGAGCGCAUCCUGCUUGUCUUCAUGGUGAUUUCCAUUCCGCUCAUGUUGAUUCCAAAGCCGCUGAUCCUUUGUUCGCGGCUGAAGAAAAACCACCCACCCGGGGCACAUAAAGAGCGGCUAAGCUCAGGAAAAACAAACAGUUCGACUAUUGAACUGGAACACGCUCCCAGCGGGGGUGCGAAUGGUGCGGGCGCGGCAGCAGCCGUGGGAGACGGGAACGAGAAUUCGGCAAUCGAGGCGGGCCUGAGAAAGCAGGGUACGACGGAAGAGAGAGAAGGGAAUGUACUGUCUGUCAUCAAGGAAGAAAUUGGUGAAGAACACGAGGGCCCGGGCGACAUUUUCAUUCACCAGAUGAUCGAGACGAUCGAGUUCAUUCUUGGCACGAUCUCCAACACGGCGUCCUAUCUUCGAUUGUGGGCACUGUCCCUCGCCCACCAGCAGCUUGCUCUAGUCUUCUACACGCAAACAGUGGUGCGAGCAAUCGAACUCACGGACAACACGACGUUUGUCGCCCUUGCACUGUUUGUUAUUUUCGCGGCCUAUGCCUGCAUCACGUUCGCUGUCAUCCUGUGUAUGGAUUUUCUGGAAGUGUCUCUUCAUGCCUUGAGGCUCCAGUGGGUGGAAUUCCAAAACAAGUUCUUCAAGGGCGACGGAUACAAGUUCGCGCCUCUGUACUUCAUAAAGCUUCUCCAAGGCGAGGAUGAUGCGUAGAAAAUCGUUCGUUGUCGUUUAUCAGGUGGUAUGUUUCGCAGACACUCUAGGGCCGUCGCGUUUUUUCUCUCGCCGAAACUACCUUUUCCCGCCAGGCAAGGAUGCAUAUUAGGCGUGUCCUGCCGUCCUCGUGGUCCUACGGUCAUUUCUUUGUAUUUGAUUCAGAACACUGAAUUGGCCAAGAAAUACCGGUUUAAAGUAAUUCGGGAAUUAUUCGGACUAUUUUUGCUGCGGGAUGGCAACCUUCCCGUCUUUCGGUCUUGGCUUGUCUUUUUGAAGGCGUUACGGAUCUGAAACGUACUACCUAGUUGCAGCCAAGCUUGACGCGGAUGUUCCAUGCUCGACAGGCGGCACCCGGUUAGCUGGAUGUACGU